ACCGGUCACACAAAAACCAUGAGUCUUGCCAUGCUCAACACAGAAGCCCUGAAAGGUUCAAACUUAAUUUUAAAGUAAGAGAUCGGUGAUGUCAAGCGAACAAAGUGAUAAGUCGUGUAAAGAUGGAGUACUGUCUUCGUUUUUGCAUUCCCUGGAGGAGUGCAGUGAAAAAAAUGAUAUGUUGAUGGACAAGGUUCCAGAUCUGCUUCGUGAGCAAAAUGUAAACGCCUAUACCCCUACCACCGUUUCUAUUGGCCCUCUUCACAGAAAGACAGAACGUCUUCAAGUAAUGGAGCCUGUCAAGUUGAGCUACACGCGUGCCCUGCUUGCACGAACUGCAGAUUCUAAAAGAACAAAAAGAAAUUGUUCGAAGGCUAUGUUGGAGACGGCAGGAAAAGUUAGGGAGUGUUAUGAGCCGGCCAGAUUACCGCCCUGGUCGGGCGACAGUCCCAACAGCUGGCUUGCAGAAGUGAUGCUUAUUGAUGGUUGUUUCAUCAUUGAACUUCUACUCAGAAAUUUGAAAAAGCAAUAUGACCCCAUUUUGUCUAACCCUUUCAAGUGCUAUGCGGUCCAACGUGACUUGCUAUUGCUGGAGAAUCAGAUUCCUUUCUUUGUUCUUGAAGACUUGUUUGACAUAAUAGUGAAAGAAAUCUGGCCUAGAACCAGCCCCCUUACUCAAUGGGUCCUUAAAUUUUUUGGAAAUAUAAUGGGCAUUGAAAAAUAUAAACACAUAAAAGACCAAUUUCCUUUUCAUAUACUUCAUCUUUUGCACAUUCAGUACCUGCCGGCUUGGACUGAUGAUGAUAAUGUAAACAAUCGCAUAGGCAUAUGGGUUGAUAUGGAAGAGGAAGAUAUGGAAGAGGAAGAUAUGGAAGAGGAAGAUGAUGGAAUAGAAAUUAUAGAAAACAGAAUCAACUACUCGGCAACGGAACUUCGCUUGGCGGGAGUCGAAUUGAAGGCAGGUAAAGAGAGAAACCUGUUCCACAUAAAGUUUAGUACUGCUUUUAGUUGUACUAGCUGUUCUUCUUUGUUUAGAAAAGGUCACUUAGAAAUUCCAUCUUUCCUUAUUUUUGAUUCCACCGAGUCUUUCUUAAGAAACUUCAUUGCUUUUGAGCAAAGUUACCACUUCAUCCAUAAAUACUUCACAUCAUUUGCUUUUCUCAUGGAUAUCCUCAUCGACACCCCAAAAGAUGUUAAACUGUUGGAGGAAGCAGGAAUCAUACGCAACAAUUUAGGUUCAAGGGAAGAAGUGGCCCAACUUUUCAAUGGUAUUUGCAGGAAUGCCAUUCCGCGUCGUUUUCUUUACGGCGAGCAAUACAAGGAUGCGAUGAAUUUCUGCAAUCAUUGGCGGCUUUCUACCAGAAGGGUCAGACAAUACUAUUUUGGUAAUCCGUGGUCAGGCAUAUCAGUCUUUGCAGCUAUCAUCCUCUUUGUCCUCACUUUUUUAUCCACACUAUACACCAUGCUUUCUUAUUAUUAACUAGCUAUUUGUUACAGUACAAAAUAAUGCAAAUAACUAUGUGUCUUCAUUCCUACCAAUCUGUACCAUAUUAUGAGUCUGGUAUCAGUAUAAGUACGUAGUUUGGAAUGUGUUUGUAAUAGCAUGUCUGAAUUAAGUUAAUUAAAUACUAUUAUAUAUGUAGCUAUCAUCUUAUGGUUUGCUCGAUCAUUUACAUUUAUAAGCCCUGUUGUGGUUCAUCUGUAUAAUUGACCUCCUAAUAAAAGUGUUUGAUUACCCAAUGUAGUCAUAUACUAGUAUAUGCUU